AUGUACCAGAGCCGUUUUCAGAUCGUGUUCUUCACCAUUACAAUGCUGGGAGUGGUGGGUUCCUUCAAUGGUCUCAAUGCUCUUGGUAAAAAAUACAAACACGUCUUCGACUUUGUCCGAGAUAGUAUAGUGGCUAGCGGUGGUGGCCAGUCGGACCAUAUGACAUCGACUAAGAUUCAGACAAUCUACAAUUUGACAUUGGCGGUAUGCGGGUGGCUGGGAGGUCGUGUGUUCAAUACAUUAGGUCCAAGACUUACGGUAACCAUCUCGGGCUUAUGUUACGGGGUGUAUGUGGCGGCAAUAAUAGGUGUGAAUUACUGUCACUGGAAUCGUUACUUGGUUUACCCGGCGGGGAUCAUGAUUGGGUUGGGCGCUUCAUUGAUGUGGACCGUGUUCGGUGUAAUGUCAUUCGCUUAUCCUGUCAACCGUCAGCAAGCCUUUCUGUUUCUAUGGACUUGCUUGAACUUAGGAUCCUUUGCUCUGGGUUGUUGUGGUAUGAUACAAAGACCGAGCAAUGCAUCAGGACUGUCCUUAGUUAGCUAUCUAGUUAUUUUAUCGGUGAUGAUGCUGUGUACAGGAGGUGCUGCCAUAUUGCUGAAGCCAUUAUCUAAGAUCAAGCGCAGUGAUGGUACGAUAGUAGGUGAAGCUACCACAUCAGGACAUGACAAACCUUUAACGAUAGCCGAAGCUGUUGCAGACGAGUGGCCAAUUCUUGCAUUGAUGCUACCCAUGUUCCUGUCACCCAAUAGUCACUAUGCUUUCCUGUUUAAUGGACUGAAUGCUCAAUAUUUUAAUGUAAGAUCAAGAAGCUUGAAUACGGCAAUCUACUCCGGAGUUCGGAUCCCAGGUUCCUUAGCUAUAUUGCAGUUGUUCAAGAAAGCUUCUACAACCAUGGCAGGAAUUUAUGUGACUGCCUUGAUUACAGGAUCUACUUUCUUAGUAGCUCAUAUCACUAUCUUCAAUACCUUUGGAAAUGUAAAUCCGAAACCAGAUCCUAAGCGUAUUGAUGCUUUCACUGAACGAUAUCAUGCAUUCCUACUGAUCGCAUGUUUCAUCAAUUUUGGUCUAUUAGAUAGUGUAUCUCAAACGCUAAUGUAUGUGGUGUUAGGUCGUUUGAGUGGAAACGAUGUUCGGAAGACUGCAAUAUAUUCCGGCUUGUAUAAAGGUAUUCAGGCCAUUGGGGUGAGUUUAUAUUGGGGGUUGGAUUGGAUGUUAACGGACAUGGCCAUUGAUAAGUUUUCACGGUAUCGGAUUCAUUGGUUGAGCUUAACCUUACAAUGGUGUGUUGCGAUACCCACGGCAUUGGUAGCAUUGUUGUUAUUCCACAAGCAUGUCAUGUGCAGAGUAUGCGGAAGCGAACAAGUUAGCAAGCCUCUAUGUAACGACUGCCGAUGUCUAUAUGAAAAGACCUGUGGUUCAUGCGACGCAUGUUUAAUAACAGAAAAACUCAGCUUGGCGGAUUGA